AUGCCCGAAAAGACAGAUCCCUUAUGCGGAUUGGAAUUCAAGUCGUUUCAAGACUGGAACGGUGACCGUCCAUCACAGACCCUGAUAUUCCACAACAAUUGCUCUUCAUGGUGGAUCAAAGUUGCCGUGGAUGGGUCACUGCCAGAACAAGCACUGGGUCUGGGUUCUUUCAAACGCCGCUUCGUCUUUCAAGAAUUUGUUGAAGCGAUUGAUUUCGGUCAAUUGCAGCUAUUGGACGAUACUGUGACAACCAUAAAUUUAAGUCUGACCGAGCAGAGCCAAAACUCGAUCACGAUACGGAAUGGGCAUCAAAAUCCAGCGAAUUUCCUCAUCGCCGUUGCCCAUCGAAUGUGCUGCAUCAUCGCAGAAGAUCCAAGGAGAGUCAUAUACCCGACACUAGAGCGGCAACAAUGUUUACCAGCAUUUGAGGCUCGUUGUUUGCAGACUGUUGAGGUUGUCGCUCCAACAGUCAGAACUGUUUUGUUUAAGGAACAAAUAUUUGCUUACAAAACGAUUGACCGCCCUAUCUAUGAGCCUGAAGACACGGAACAUGUGUUAAACGAGAUCAAUGUGCUUGAACAACUCCGCGGACUUCCGAGUAUUGCGCAGCUAGUUGGCCUAGUUGUAUCGGAGGACCCGUAUAAGACCUGCCCGUCAACCAAUUCACCAGCAGUGAUCACAGGAUUCCUUCUUGAAUACUAUCCUAGAGGUUCGCUUGAGCAGAUUUUUGAGGACGAGUUUCAAUUUGAUGCUCUGCCAAUACAAUGGGCCUUACAGAUUGGGACAGCAUUAAGAUCAUUGCACAAGAGAGGGCGAACUCAUCUUGACAUCAAGCCGUCGAAUAUCGUUUUGGAUGCCAAUGAAAAUGCCGUACUCAUCGAUGUUAGCGGAACCGGUGGUUACGUGUGGGAAUGGCUUUCACCAGAGAUGCAGGCUUUCAUUCAACAAAAUAGUGAAUCAAGUCCUGCCAACGCACCAUUUGAGGCACGGGUUUCCACGGAUUGUUGGGCUUAUGGAAGAUUGCUCUCGACUAUGGCAGAAAAGAUUGGCACUUCUGGAAUUGGUGAAAAACUCCAAUCCAUUGCUAAUGCUCUAACCAAGGCGGUCCCCGAAUCUCGCAUCUCGCUAUGCGACGCUCUCGCGCAACUGAAUGAGAAGUAA